UUAUUCGGCUGUUUUUGUGUGGUUUUUGCAAUACGCGCCAAAUCGUGAGCUGAGCGUGCAGCAAACAGCCGUCAAAAUUGAGCUGUUAAGCGCACCCACAAUCUCGAUAUCGACGGUAGCGCCAGCCACGUCGCCAUCGCCGCAGCAUCAUCUACAAACACAGCCACAACAACAACAACAACAGCAGCAGCAGCAACAACAACAACAGUUGCAACACAUGAAGUUUCUGGGCGGUAAUGAUGAUCGCAACGGACGCGGCGGGGUCGGCGUCGGCGUCGGUAGCGAGACACGCGGUUCCAAUGCGCAGGAUGUGGACGCAGCGAGCGCUGCUGCAGCCGCCGCUGCCGUUGGCUUUGUUUUCCAGCAGCGCCCAUCACCAGGCGGCGGCAUCGGCGCUGGCGUCGGCGUCGGACCCGUUGGCUCCACCUUGCACGACGCCGCGGCUGCUGAAUAUGCGGUCCACUUUGCCCAAAAACAACAGCAAUCGCGUUGGGCAUGCGGCGACGAGCACGGCAUCGAUAAUCCCGAUAAAUGGAAAUACAAUCCACCCAUGAAUCCAGCGAAUGCUGCACCUGGCGCACCGCCGGGCAACGGUGGCAGCAAUGGCGGACCCGGUGCCAUUGGUACCAUUGGCAUGGGCAGCGGCUUAGGCGGCGGUGGCAUGGGCGGCAAUGGCAGCGGCAUCAAUGGUGGUCUACAUCAUCCAUCGAUGGCAGCUGCAGCAGCCAAUAUGGCUGCCAUGCAACAGGCCGCCGUGGCCAAGCAUAAUCACAUGAUGUCGCAAGCGGCCGCCGCAGUUGCAGCACAGCAGCAGCAGCAACAACAGCAACAACAGCAGCAGCAACAUCCACAGCAGCAGCAACAGCAGGGUAAUCAGGGUCAACCGCAUCAUAUGAUGGGCAGCGGCAAUGGACUGGGCAAUGGCAAUGGACUCGGCGGCUUGGGUCAGCCGCAUCCCGGGCAGCAGCAACAGCAACAGGGCCAAAAUCCCGGCCAGACACAUCCCGGCCAGCAUCAGUACAACUCGAAUCUGCUCAGCCAUGUGAUGAACAAUCAGGUGGCCGCAGCCGUUGCCGCUGGCGCUGCCAUGGGCCCGAUGACACCGUAUGCCCAAUCUGGUGCCACCGGCAAUAUGUACGAUCAUCAUGGAGGCGCACUGCAUCCGGGCAUGAAUGGCGGUAUACCGAAACCUCCACCGCAGCUGGGACCGCCGGGCGGACCACAGGACUUCGUCUAUAUGGGUGGGCAACAGCAUGCCGCUGCUGCCGCCGCCGCUGCUAUGGGCGCUGCUCUGAUGCCGCCACAGAAUCAAUAUAUGAACAACUCGGCCGCAGCUGCUGCCGCCGCCAAUCGGAACGCAGCGAUAACCACAUCGACAGCCAAGAAGCUGUGGGAGAAAUCGGAUGGCAAGAGCGGCGCUACAGCUGGCGGUCCACUCAAUCCACUGCAAAUUCCCGGCGUCGGGGAUCACUCGUCCGUAUGGAAAGAUCACACAUGGUCCACACAGGGCGAGAAUAUAUUGGCACCGCCAAGGCCGCGUGGUUAUCCACAUGCCGGCGCUUCAGAUAACUCAAACAGCGGCAAUGCGGGCAUUCUGAGCCCCCGCGAUUCAUGCGUUAAGAUGGUUGAAUAUGUUCUGGGCGGCUCACCCACCAACAAGGAGAGCCCCUUGUCCAGCUUGGAGCCGCGAAUGCGCAAUUUGAAAUUUGACGACAAUGAUAAGUCACACGAUGAUAAGGAGAAGGCAAACUCGCCGUUUGAUACAAACGGGCUAAAGAAGGACGACCAAGUCACAAACACAAAUGGAGUCGUCAAUGGCAUUGAUGAUGACAAGGGAUUCAAUCGCACUCCCGGCUCUCGUCAGCCCUCUCCUGCAGAAGAGACCUUGCCACGCCCACCCACACUGCUCGAUCCCACACACCACGGCGGCUUCCCACAAAUGCCGCACUUUAAUCACAUGCUCAUGGAUCACGGCCAGGGCCACGGCCACGGCAUGGGCGGUGCCCUUGGUGGCAGCAAUUCGGCGGUGGGCGGCGGCGGAGUGGGCAGCGGUGCUGCCGCCGCUUACGCGCAUCAGCAGAUGGCGGCCCAGAUGAGUCAAUUGCAGCCGCCAAUGAUGAACGGAGUUGGUGGCGGAAUGCCCAUGGCGGCACAGUCACCCAUGUUAAAUCACCAGGGCGCACAGACAGGCGGCCCUAAUCAUAUGGAAUCUCCAGGCAAUCUCUUGCAGCAGCAGCAACAACAACAGCAAAAUUUUGAUGUACAGGUGAGUUUGAGUUUGAUCUGUGAUGGAAUUUAG